CGUACCAGAGGGCGCGAGCUAAAGCUGAAAGUCCGCCUUCAUAAUGAACCCCUGCUCCGCUGUGGAGGAAACCCUGUGUUAUAGUUGUGUGUAGGCUUCGCUGGGAGCCGCGGUUGAUGCCGGUGUAGAGAGGGGGAUGGGCAAUACUGCAAAUGUAAAGGACAUGAGAUUGAAUCACAGCCUUGAAUCACCAAGUGCUGUACAUACCCAUAUAAAUAUCGACUAUAAUUUUGUAAAAUAACAUUGUACAUUAAUGUAUGCUUUAGCAACUCAACGUGAACAUUUGAAGAUCGCACUAUGUCUUAAAUGGGAGAAAAUGUGAAACUUUCAACUCUUGCGUAAGGGACACUGAGAAGUUUGGAAGAUAGCCUGAGAGCCUCGCGGUCUACAGUUCCCAGGAAACACCGAGGUUGCAAGAGAAGGCCUCCUGUUCUGCCUCGCAUUGAUGUUGGAUUUUUGGAAAACACAAAAUACCUUUAAUAGGCUAUUGAAUUUCAAUUACGUUGGGAGGACGCUGUAGGUCUCCUGAUGUGUGUGACGUGGUAUAGCAGCGCCCCAUCUGAGGAGUGCUUCACUGCUGUCAUUAGGAGCCCUUGAUUCUCCUCUUCCCUCCCCUCUCCUCUCCUCUCCCUCCCCUCACCCCUCCCUGCCCCCCCUCCCCCCAUCCCCUUCCCUGUGUUGCUGCUCUCGACGUCAUGAGCAUAGUAAUCACACUGGGAGUCACCACACCUGAGACACCUUACACCGAUAUGGCCGCUGGAUCAGAUCCUGAGUCAGUUGAAGCAAGCCCAGCAGUAAACGAGAAAAAUUACUCAAGUCGCAGCUGUGGGAACACACAGAAUCAUGGAUAUGGUGGCCUGCCCUAUGCUAUGCAACAGUCUUCCGUUGUGUGUUGUCAGGAUCAUAACUAUGGAGCUCCACCCCCUCCCACCCCUCCUGCCUCCCCACUCUCCCAGACCAUUUUCUCCCACACGGAACGCAAUGGCACUCUGGGACGAUCACGACCCUGUUUGCCCACCGAUGAAGCAGACAACUCUGCCGACAGCGAGAGUUCAUCGGAGGAGGAGGUUGUGGAGGGCGCAGUUCCACCUCCCUGGUGUCAGUGCCGUCUAAUGCAGGAUGGCUUCCUCAUUAAGUGUGAGAAUUGCAGGGGUCUGGAGAAGAAGAAAGGGAUAGACGGGCAACGCAGAAAAGGAGAGAAUUUUUCAGGUAAAAGUGGCUGUUUCUCAAUUCCAAGAACACAAAGAAUGGACUCACGUUCUAGUGGAAAUCGGCCAUGCCAGGCUACCUUGAAAGAACAAACUCGGAAGGACGGAACGCAUCCUUGUGAGAAUUGAGAUGUGCUGCAACUGACCUUCCCAGGAUGUUAUAAGUAGUGGCCAACGCACAAUAUACAACCUAACACCACAAACAAAUGUCAAUGCCUAUUAAAACAUUUUACAUAUUUUUAUAGACAUUAUUUCCAUAGUAUAUUAUAUAGCUUUAAUUUACCAUCUAUUUGUGAAAAUUAGUGUGUUUGUUUAAAGGAGUAGUUCACCUAAAAAGGGA